GGCCUGGAGCCGGAAUGGAGGCGGGUCGGCCGUGUCGCAAAGUGUCUGGGCUGUUGCCGGUGAGCAGCACAGCCGUAGCAGCUCGCUUCUGAAUCAGCGUGUAGUUCAGAGGAAGCGCCGGAGAUCCAGCUUUCUCAGCCUGCGAUCUCCUGAAUUACCCGGUAUCAGCGGAUCAGACAGGAGCGGGCAGUUAGUAGAGGAGCUCAGCGGCCGGUACGGGUAGUGAGUCGGAGAUCGGGCGGUCUGAUAGUCGGGGAGAGUCGGUAUGAAAUCGGGAAGAUAGCUAAUAGCUCGUUAGCCGACCUGUUAGCCUGUAGACUGCUCAGACCCCCGGCCCGCUAAGCGCUCGGCUGUAUUUACUGUGUGCGGCAGUCUGUGGAUCCGGCAGGAGCGAGGAUGACCAUUAAGCUGACGACCCAGGCGUACUGUAAGAUGCUGCUGCACGCCGCUAAGUACCCGCACUGCGCGGUGAACGGGCUGCUGGUGGCCGAGCGGCAGAAGGACAAGAAGCGAGAGGGGCUCUGCGGCCCGGUGCUCUGUGUGGACUGUGUGCCGCUGUUUCACGGUACCUUAGCGCUGGCCCCCAUGCUGGAGGUGGCCCUGACCCUGAUUGACACAUGGUGUAAAGAAAACAAAUAUGUCAUUGCUGGUUACUAUCAAGCCAACGAGCGUGUAAAGGAAGUGAGACCCAACCAGGUCGCUGAAAAAGUAGCAGCAAGGAUUUCAGAAAAUUUCAGUGAAGCAGCAAUGAUAAUAUUGGAUAACAGUAGGUUUAACAUGGGGUGCUUUGCACCAUCCCUUUCCAUCUACGAUCAUCUUGACAAUAAGUGGAAGUGCAGAGAACCAAGCAUAGACUCUUUUGAAGACUGGACAGAAGCUCAGAAGAUCACGUCAGCCCUCCUGGAAAACAGGUCCUAUGAAAACCUCAUAGACUUUGACAACCACCUGGAUGACCUCAGGAACGACUGGACAAAUCCUGAAAUCAACAAAUCUGUGCUGCAUCUAUGCUGAAGCCGUCGAGGAGAUCUCCUGUACUGUUCAAGCCAUCAAUGCCAAAAUGGGUUGCGUAUUGUUACUGAGUUCAGUCCCAUAGAAAGAUUAUUCCCAAUGGGAAAAGCUGAUGGAAAGGACGCAUUUCUAAAGGGCAAGCAGGACACUGGUACAACAUGUGUAAUGAAGGUCUGAGAUGAUUCUGACCUUCAUGGCAUGAUUUAUAUUUUGGUCUGUUUUUCUUUUUUUCUGUUGUCAGGCAGCAAUUUAUAUGCAUCCAUUUGACGCACAACCUUAUUAAUUUGGUGGUUUAUAGCAGAUUACGAUCAGUUCUACUUUUUUCACGUCGUUAAGUUUUCUUUUACUAACAAAGCUUAAUUUUCCACUUCACUUUAUUGUUUAUUUUGAGCAAAAUAACUUGAAUCAACACAGAUCCAACUUUUCUUUUCUUACAUACUAACCUGGUUGGAUUUGUGUUUUAAUUUCUGAAUUUUAUUAAUCAAUCUGAAACACAACCACAGAUCCUUUAAAAAUGGGAUGGAAAUUGCAGCAUUGCGUAUUUUUCCCAUUUCAGCUGAAGUGGCUGGUCAAGAUUAUUUACCACCUUAAAUGCAAAUAAGGUCCAUUUAAGCGUAAAGCCAUCAGCUUGAAGGACUUAUUUUAAUAUCCAUACACAAUACAACUGUAAAUGCUAGAGAAUGAUUCAGAUGUGUUUUUUUUUUUCAAAUGUAAUUGCUUGUUUGUUUUCCCUGAAUUCUGUAGCCUUACAGAGAUAAUAAAUAAUCGUUCAGAGUUUAUGUUAAAGAAAAUUGUUUAUUUCACUAAUAUUUUUAAUGUAUAUACCUCUUUUAAGAUGCAACUUUAAAAGAAGAUUAGUCUUAAUAUGUAAGCAAUUUUUGAUGCUCUACCAAAUAUGAGUUUAGUUUAAUAAGGCACAGGUGAUAUUUGUGUUAAAAUGAUUGAUUUGGAAGUUGUGUAAUUCAGUAAUAUUCACUGAGGACUGAUAGGAUUAAUAUAAUUAUUAAUAUCAUUAUUAAAAUAUGAUUGAGAUGAUUGAAAUUAGCUUUUGUAAAACUAAAUGUAAGAAUAAAAUCUUUUGAAGAAA